CUAUCAAAAAUGGCUUCGAAGAGAUUCAAAAUGAUUUUGUUUUUAAUUGUAGUAUUGGCCCUUGCUUGUUUGUAUUUAUUCAAACCGAAUUUGAUUGCAAUCGGUAUAUUCUGGCAAAAGAAGGAAGAGGCCACGUCACUGACUUUUAUAACAGAGAGCAGAAACUUUUUGCAGUUGCCAGAUAUAGACUGCAGUAGGACUCUUCCGUUCCUGGUACUCCUUGUGACAUCGUCACAUGGCCAAAAUAAAGCUAGGAUGGCUAUCCGUCAAACAUGGGGGAAACACAGACUAGUUGCUGGCAACCACAUCGUGACAUAUUUUCUUCUGGGAACCACCAUGAACCAAAAUGAUCAAACUGGUAUUAUUGCUGAAAGUCAGAAAUACAGAGACAUUAUCCAGAAGGAUUUUAUAGACGCAUAUUACAAUUUGACUUUAAAGACAAUGAUGGGAAUUGAAUGGGUUCACAAAUUUUGUCAUCAAUCCAGGUUUGUGAUGAAAACUGACUCAGAUAUGUUUGUCAAUAUCUUUUACCUGACUGAACUUCUUUUAAGAAAAAACAGAAGCACUGGAUUCUUCACAGGCUUUUUAAAGACGAAUGAGCUCCCAAUAAGAAAGAUAAAUAGUAAAUGGUAUGUGAGUAAAGAUGAAUAUCCAGGAAGCACAUAUCCUCCAUUUUGUUCGGGGACUGGUUAUGUUUUCUCUACUGAUGUUGCUAGUCAGGUUUAUAAUAUUUCAGAAAGUGUCCCUUUUAUUAAACUGGAGGAUGUUUUCAUAGGACUGUGUCUUGAUAAACUAAAAAUCAAUCUGGAGGAACUUCAUUCAGAACAGACAUUCUUCUCAGACAGGGUUGAGUUCUCUCUUUGUCGCUUCAAGAAAAUUGUGACAUGCCAUUAUGUGAAACCUUAUGAGCUGCUGAUCUACUGGAAUGCACUGGAGAGCUCAAUGGAUGAAAAAUGUCCAGAUGUUUGA